AUGACAGCCACGGACGCCGCUACUCAGGACGAGGUCCAGCGCCCGACACCUACGUUGCGUAAACGUGAACGGAGCGAGGAGGAGGUGGUGGAAGAAAGUGUGAAGGACGUACCCGCCUCGGCGGCGGACGAGGCCAGUGCGCCUGUAAAGAAGCAGCGGCAGGCGGCGUCUAUGGCCUCCACGCCGUCCGACAAGAAGGACGCGUCGGUGACUGACGCGCCCUCGGAUGAGACCACAGCCCCCGCAUCGGCCCAUGUGCAAGAGCAUGCCUCUGACGCAACGGACACAGAAGCUUCCUCUGCGAAGGAGGCGGCCGCGUUGGCCACCACUACGUCUGACGCAAAGAGCACCGAGGCCGUCUCCUCCCACGAGGAGGCCCCGUCAGCUACCAACGAGUCUGACAAGGCGACCGAGGGCAUGCCAGAGCCUAGCGCGAAGAAAUCAACGCAACCCACAUUUUCGUCGUUUGCCUCGUCGGCUAGUCCGUUUGCCUCUUCCAAGUCCACAUCGCAGUUGGGUUUUGGUGCGUUUGCCGCUCGUGCUGCGCCCUUCCAAUCCGCCACCGCCCUCUCUUCCAAGGCGGAGGCAGCGGCGACCACCGAGAAGGAAAAGAAGGACUGGGUGAAGGAUGACUCGGAGAGUGCUGCGUCGCCACAACCCGAGGACAUUGUCGUGCGCAAGAAGGAAGUGCCCAAGCCGGAUAUUGAACUCACGACGGGCGAAGAGGACGAUACCACUGUACACUCUGUGCGUGCCAAGCUCUACUCUCUCUCUGAUGCGCAGGUGUGGAAAGAGCGUGGCACAGGUACUAUCAAAAUCAACCGAAACGAGAAGAGUCAUACAGCGCGUCUGGUGAUGCGGUCUGAUGCUGUGCUGCGUUUGAUCUUGAACGUCCAGCUGUUCCCGGGUAUGCAAUGCAGCCUCGAGCAGGAGCGAUUCCUGCGCUUUGCUGCUAUGGAGCCUGAGGGUCUGACACACUUUGCCAUCAAGCUCGGGAGCGCGUACGACGCGACGACCUUCCUUUCAAAUCUCCAGGAGAACAUACCCGCAUCGUCCGACAAGGCCGCCUCCACGAAUGAUUAG